AUGGCUUCCUUGUCUGGAAUAUUUCAGAGACCGGUAUUUGCAGCUUCUGCAGUUGCAGUAGCCUCUAUUUCUGCUGAUUUUCAUGAUAAACUGCGGCCUUCCAGUUCAUCAGAGACUUGUAAUUCCUUGGAACAAUCCAAUCCUUCCGUCUGUGAGUCUUUACAAGAAACAAGUUCAUCUUGGGUGUCCCAAAUAUCUGUUUCCAAGUUAACAGAGUUGUCUUUUAUCACUAGAAUUCGCACGCCUGUGCCUAAAGUAAGAAUCUCAUUUCCUAACACUGGACCGAAUUGUUGUUCUAUGGUGUCUUCUCCUGUUUUCCUCAAUUUGUAUCGGUCUGCUGAGUUAGCAAAAACUGCCAAACCAGUGUCUUUUUCAUAUAAUAUUCCUCCUUCGUCAUCAGAUGUCUUAUAUAGAUGGCAUUUGCCACAGCCAGACACCAUCGAUAUGUCUGGGGUUUCUGAUUGUUCAUCGGCAAAAUCUAGGACAGUUGUGGUUUUGCUAGGAUGGUUAGGUGCAAAGCAGAAGCAUCUCAAGAGAUAUGCAGAAUGGUAUACUUCGAGAGGGUUUCAUGCCAUUACAUUUACUUUCCCAAUGAAUGAGAUUCUCAGUUAUCAAGUUGGGGGGAAAUCUGAGCAGGAUAUAGAAUUGCUUGUGAACCACCUCGCUGAAUGGCUGGAAGAAGAGCACGGAAAGAAUUUGGUUUUCCACACAUUUAGCAACACAGGAUGGUUAACUUAUGGAGUCAUCUUGGAAAAGUUUCAGAACAAGGAUAUCACACUAACGGGAAGGAUUAAGGGCUGUAUCGUGGAUUCUGCUCCUGUGGCAGCCCCUGAUCCACAGGUCUGGGCUUCUGGAUUUUCUGCUGCAUUUUUGAAGAAGCGUAGUGUUGCAACUAAAGGUUUCACUAGCUUAAGUGAAGCAGAAGCAGAGGCAACGGAUGGAACUAGAAAUGCUAUCGAAGCCAAGCCUGCAUUAACUGAAGCAGCUCUUCUACUUGUGUUAGAGAAGUUCUUCGGGUUGGUUUUGAAUUAUCCUUCAGUAAAUAGGAGGCUUUCUGAUGUGUUGAGUGUAUUAACACUCCAGCAACCAAGCUGUCCACAGCUAUACAUUUAUAGCUCUGCCGACAAAGUUAUUCCUGCAGGGUCCGUCGAGUCCUUCAUAGAGAAGCAGCGGAGGAGUGGACGCGAGCUCACCAAUUUUUUGGAGGAUUGUGUGCUCACUUGUUGCAAACAUUCUUCCUGA